AUGAAUUUCGAGAGAAUUUCCAGAGGAAUUUCAAAGGAAAUUCUAGACGAAUUUCAAGAGAAAUUCCGAAGGAAUUUUAAGAGAAAGUCCGGAGGAAUUUCAAAAGAAAAUCCAGAGGAAUUUCAAAAGAAAUUCCAGAGAAAUUUCAAGGGAAAUUCCAAAGGAAUUUCAAAAGGGAAAUUCCAAAAGAAUUUCAAGGGAAAUUCCAAAGGAAUUUCAAGGGAAAUUCCAAAAGAAUUUCAAGGGAAAUUCCAAAGGAAUUUCAAGGGAAAUUCCAAAGGAAUUUCAAGGGAAAUUCCAAAGGAAUUUCAAGGGAAAUUCCAAAGGAAUUUCAAGGGAAAUUCCAGAGGAAUUUCAAGGGAAAUUCCAGCGGAAUUUCAAGGGAAAUUCCAGCGGAAUUUCAAGGGAAAUUCCAGCGGAAUUUCAAGGCAAAUUCCAGAGGAAUUUCAAGGCAAAUUCCAGAGGAAUUUCAAAGCAAAUUCCAGAGGAAUUUCAAGGCAAAUUCCAGAGGAAUUUCAAGGCAAAUUCCAGAGAAAUUUCAAGGCACAUUCCAGAGGAAUUUCAAGGCAAAUGCCAGAGGAAUUUCAAGGCAAAUUCCAGAGGAAUUUCAAGGCAAAUUCCAGAAGAUUUUUAAGGCAAAUUCCAGAGGAAUUUCAAGGCAAAUUCCAGAGGAAUUUCAAGGCAAAUUCCAGAAGAAUUUCAAGGCAAAUGCCAGAGGAAUUUCAAGGCAAAUUCCAGAGGAAUUUCAAGGCAAAUUCCAGAAGAAUUUCAAGGCAAAUUCCAGAGGAAUUUCAAGGCAAAUUCCAGAGGAAUUUCAAGGCAAAUUCCAGAGGAAUUUCAAGGCAAAUUCCAGAGGAAUUUCAAGGCAAAUUACAGAGGAAUUUCAAGGCAAAUUCCAGAGGAAUUUCAAGGCAAAUUACAGAGGAAUUUCAAGGCAAAUUCCAGAGGAAUUUCGAGGGAAAUUCCAGAGGAAUGUCAAGGCAAAUUCCAGAGGAAUUACAAGGCAAAUUCCAGAGGAAUUUCAAGGCAAAUUCCAGAAGAUUUUUAAGGCAAAUUCCAGAAGAAUUUCAAGGCAAAUGCCAGAGGAAUUUCAAGGCAAAUUCCAGAGGAAUUACAAGGCAAAUUCCAGAGGAUUUUCGAGAGCAAUUCCAGAGGAAUUUCAAGGGAAAUUUCUGAAGAAUUUUAAGAGAAAUGCCUGAGGAAUUUCAAGAGGAAUUUCAAGGGAAAUUCCAAAGGAAUUUCAAGAGAAAUUCCAGAGGAGUUCCAAGAGAAGUUUCAAGAGAAAUGCCAGAGGAAUUUCAAGAGAAAAUUGCAAAGCAAUUUCGAGAGAAAUUCCAGAGGAAUUUUAAGGGAAAUUCCGGAGGAAUUUCGAGGCAAAUUCCAGAGGAAUUCCGAAAGAAAUUCCCAGGAAUAUCGAGAGAAAUUCCCGGGCAAUUUCAAGAGAAUUCCAAGAGAAAUUCCAGAGGUAUUGCAAAGGCAAUUCCAAAGGAAUUUCAAGAGAAAUUCCAGAAAAAAAUCAUGAGAAAUUCCAGAAGAAUUUCAAGAGAAAUUUCAGAAGAAAUGACAGAGGAAUUUAAAGAGAAAUUCCCGAGGAAUUUCAUGAGAAAUUCCAGAGCGAUUUCGACAGAAAUUUCUGAGAAAUUUCAAGACAAAUUCCACAGGAAUUCCGAGAUAAAUUCAAGAGGAAUUCCGAGAGAAAUUUUUGGGAAUUUCGUGAGAAAUUCCCGAGGAAUUUCGUGAGAAAUUCUCUAGGAAAUUCGUGAGAAUUCCAGAGGAAUUUUGUGAGAAAUUUCGUGAGAAAUUCCCGAGAAAUUUCGUGAGAAAUUGCCGAGAAAUUUCGUGAGAAAUUCCCGAUGAAUUUCGUGAGAAAUUCCCGAGGAAUUUCGUGACAAAUUCCCGAGGAAUUUCGUGACAAAUUCCCGAGGAAUUUCGUGACAAAUUCCCGAGGAAUUUCGUGAGAAACUCGUGAGGAAUUUCGUGAGAAACUCGUGAGGAAUUUCGUGAGAAAUUCCCGAGGAAUUUUGUGAGAAAUUCCCGAGGUAUUUCGUGAGAAAUUCCCGAGGAAUUUCGUGAGAAAUUCCCGAGGAAUUUCGUGAGAAAUUCCCGAAGAAUUUCGUGAGAAAUUCCUGAGGAAUUUCGUGAGAAACUCGUGAGGAAUUUCGUGAGAAAUUUCCGAGGAAUUUCGUGAGAAAUUUCCGAGGAAUUUCGUGAGAAAUUCCCGAGGAAUUUCGUGAGAAAUUCCCGAGGAACUUCGUGAUAAAUUCCCGAGGAAUUUGGUGAGAAAUUCCUGAGGAAUUUCGUGAGAAAUUCGCGAGGAAUUUCGUGAGAAUUCCAGAGGAAUUUCGUGAGAAUUCCAGAGGAAUUUCGAGAGAAAUUCCAGAGGAAUUUCGAGAGAAAUUCCAGAGGAAUUUCGAGAGAAAUUCCAGAGGAAUUUCGAGAGAAAUUCUAGAGGGAUUUCGAGAGAAAUUCCAGAGGAAUUCCGAGAGAAACUCCAGAGGAAUUUCGAGAGAAAUUCUAGAGGGAUUUCGAGAGAAAUUCCAGAGGAACUUCGAGAGAAAUUCUAGAGGAAUUUCGAGAGAAUUUCCAGAGAAAUUUCGUGAGAAAUUUCAGAGGAAUUUCGAGAGAAAUUCCAGAGGAAUUUCGAGAGAAAUUCUAGAGGGAUUUCGAAAAAAAUUCCAGAGGAACUUCGAGAGAAAUUCUAGAGGAAUUUUGAGAGAAAUUCCAGAGGAAUUUCGAGAGAAUUUCCAGAGGAAUUUCGAGAGAAUUUCCAGAGAAAUUUCGUGAGAAAUUUCAGAGGAAUUUCGAGAGAAAUUUCAGAGGAAUUUCGAGAAAAAUUUCAGAGGAAUUUCGAGAGCAAUUCCAGAGAAAUUCUAAGAGAAAUUUCAAGGGAAAUUCCAGAGGAAUUUCAAGGGAAAUUCCAGAGAAAUUUCAAGGGAAAUUCCUGAGGAAUUUCAUGGCAAAUUCCAGAGGAAUUUCAAGGCAAAUUCCAGAGAAAUUUCAAGGCAAUUUCCAGAGGAAUUUCAAGGCAAAUUCCAGAGGAAUUUUAAGGCAAAUUCCAGAGAAAUUUCAAGGCAAUUUCCAGAGGAAUUUCAAGACAAAUUCUAGAGGAAUUUCAAGGCAAAUUCCAGAGGAAUUUCAAGGCAAAUUUCAGUGGGAUUUCAAGGAAAAUUCCUGAGGAAAUUCCAGAGGAAUUUCACUAGAAAUUCCAGAGGAAUUUCAAGAGAAAUUUCAGAGGAAUUUUAAGGGAAAUUCCAAAGGAACUUCAAGGGAAGAGAAAUUCCAAAGGAAUUUCAAGGGAAAUUCCAAAGGAAUUUCAAAGGAAAUUCCAAAGGAAUUUCAAGGGCCUAAUCUCCGGGAGGCCUUCUCCAAAAUCAGCCUUAUCGUUUCGGAUGCAGUUGUAGAGCUUUCUUUCGAUAAUGUUGAACAUCCGGCUUAGUUCCUUUCACUUCGAAUAUUCUCCAUAACGCCGCAAUCGUUUCGCAAGAGCACUCAACCGCUGUGUCGAGGAUCUCAGUUGACUUCUGUGAGAUCUCGGAGUUGUACGGGCUUUCCAAUUUCAGCAACAUAACGAAAUGGCUACGUUCAUCGAGAGAAGUCCCUCGAUUUUAUCAGAGGGAUUCGCGGAGCAGAUUGUUUAGUUAGAACUCUUCUGAACAAUAAUGCUAAGAUGGAUCAAAUAUGGGCCCAUAACCUGUUAAAUUUGUUUAUCAUUUUAUUUUAUUUUUCCGAUUAGGUAUUUAAAGUUUUAAGAUAGUUAUGACCUAAGUUAUAACAAUAACUUACAUUCUGCAAUGUUGCGCCAUCUGGAAGUAUUUUUCUCACGCUCCUUUCCUUUUAUCAUCCAACAGACGACACUACCCAUCGAACAACGUUUCCUUCUGCAGUCUGGAUCCGGACGAGCAUCGAUGGAGCAUUCCAUCGACCACGGGGGACAUCCCAUCCAACAAGCGCAUCUUUGCCUUCGUCGCCAAGCGGUCACCGACCUCGGCCGACAAUCAGUGCCACGUGUUCUGCGAACUGGAAAUCACCCAGCCAGCUUCGGCCAUCGUCUCAUUUGCCAACAAGGUUGUUCUGGGCGGUUCCGGCGGCCAACAGCCAGCACCUACGCGAGCAAUCUAGAAAACAGAAAAAAAAAUAAACAUAAGCAACAAAAAACGAUUGUAAAAUUUCUAACAAAAUCAAGUCAUUUUGUAAUUGUAAUGCUAACAUUUUUACAAUUUACAUAUAACUCUGGAAAUCCGGCUUGCAGAGCGGUCGGAUUUAAAAUUACUUAUUACGUAUUGGUACUACUUAUUAAACAAACGGAAAUUGAGCAGCCACAAAGCAGCCAUAAUUGCAUGGAAAUUUAGAAGAGAUUGGACACCACGUGUAGCAUAAACAUAAAAGAAUACCUUACACAUAAGAUUGUGUAGUCAACGCAGAAUUACACUUAUUAAUUUGAAGGCAACUGUAUUAAUUAUGUUUAAAAACGCUAACUAAUAACUCUACCAUGUACGUCACUGUAAUUAUUAUGAUUUAGUUGAACGCAUGUAUAACCGUAAUUCUUCGCGCAAAAAGAAGAGAAUAUAUUAUUUAACACUGAAGAAAAAUAUUUAUGAAAAGAAUAAAUUAACCUUCCACGUAGCACAGCUAAUCUGCAAAAGAAACUCCUUACAAACUUAUUUCUCCCUAGAAACGCCUCCCAAACUAACUCCUGCACUGAAUCAAAUGAGACGGUAUUUUUUACUUGAUGGACUAACUAGCAAUGCUACUUUUUAGUGGUUUUACUUUUCGCAACGCUUCCUUACACACGAACACACAGAUCUGACUAACCAACACAAUCACCAACGAACGACGCGUACACACACACUUGCACGUAUAUAAUAUGCGAUUUCACAAACACUACCACAAACAAUUCACUUGAUUCUUUUUUGAACGACAGCAAUGUCCCACAUAAGCGCAAACCACGAGCAAUUCUAUCUCGCAAUGCUUUUGUAUUUCUUGUAUAAAAUUUAGUACCUUGUUUAGUUGAAAAUUUGGUUAAAAAUUUCGAAAUCGCUAAUCUUCUUUAAGCUUUUUUCCCUUCGCAGAAAAUCGCUUUGAGGAAGUCGCCCAAAAACUUGCUAAAUUCUUCAAAAACAUAAAACAAACUAAAAUUGGAAAAUCGAGAAUAUUUUUUCGCUUUGCCGUACUGUUGUCAAAGAAGAAAUAAGUGUUACGAAAACAAACAAAACUACUAAACGAAAACAAACGAACGAAUAAGUGCUGCCACUACUACUGACGAGAGCACUUAUAUUAGACGUAAAAGUAAACUAAAAAGUGAAAAGUAUUAAACAGAAGUUAGUCAAUAGAGAAGCAAUCUAAAACUAAACAAAAAAAUACAAACCAACUUAAUCUAAACUGAGUGCACUCAAACGAACUAACAGCGAAAUCGUUGAAGCAUAAAUCAUAAAAAAAUGUGCCUAACUCACAGCCGGUUGAAAGAAAAAGUCGAAUUUAUACCGUUUUCACAAUACACGAACAUAUGUAAUGCAGUUGAUCGUUUUCUAUUUGGUAGUACAUAGCCAAUACAUUCUUGGAGGAAAUUUUGCAUUCAAAUGUGCACGUAUAAUCAAUCAAUCAAUCGUACAGGAGUUUCAUAAAAUUAUUAUCUCGUUCAACAACCAAUUUAUUACUCGAGAAUAGUCGAAACGUUGAAAGCGAACCACAAGUGUUUAAACUAGUCCCGUAUACCACACAACACAAACAUACAAACAAAAAAUGCAAUAGGUACCUUUACACAGCAAGAAGAAAAUUAAUGAGUUGUUCUAGUUUUACUUCGACCUGAAAAUCUUAAAUUACCCACGUUGUUAAUUUAUUUUUGUUUCGAGUUCUGAUCAAACUUUUGCUUUCUACAUCCAUACCACUUCCAUAGUUUGUUACAACUACCUAGAUCCAACUUUCACAACACCUUAUGCAGUAAAUGUAUACAUUCUAAAACAGUUAUACCACUAAUGAGACAGUAAAAUCAGUGCAAAUCACACAGUAAAUCAAAAUGAGCAUAUAGACGGAAAACAGUAGUUUUCUUCAUUUCAGAUUUACAGUUACAGUUGUUGUGUACAUAUAAUGACAGAGAAAAAGAGAAUAAAAAACUGUUCAAAUAAUAAACGUAAAAAAUGAGUCUAUAA